ACUGGCUUAUUGAGUCGGGGGCAGGUUUGCGCAGUUCACUCCAGACCCGCGUGGAAAAGACGCACGAGCUCCUCACCGGCAGCAGGUUCUCGGUUCACCGGACGCUCCGCGCGCACCGACCGACAUGUUGGGCGUCGUCGCCAAGCAGCUGAAGAGCCACCCGGCGCUCAUCCCUCUCUUCAUCUUCAUCGGUGGCGGGGCGACCAUGAGCGUGAUGUACUUGGCUCGGCUGGCUCUGAAAAACCCUGACGUCUCAUGGGAUCGCAAGAACAACCCUGAGCCCUGGAACAAGUUGCAGCCCGAUCAUCAGUACAAACUCUUCAAAGUUAACAUGGACUACUCCAAGCUGAAGAAGGACAGGCCGGAUUUCUAAGUCACUGUGACUUCACACCUCCAACUCCGACGCAGUCAGUGUGGGGAGACUUUGCACUUUUUAGAAAACCUACUCAAGACAUAGAAUGAAGGUUGAGUCGCGAGCUGCACUCAUUAAUUUAGUUAAUUUCCGGUGUGGAUGGAGGAAGAGAUCCUUCGCUUAUCAGUGACUGUAUGAAUAAAACAGGCAGCCACCUGUUUUUACUAUAAUGAAGAAUUUAUUUUUGACUUCAUGUUAAUUAUUAAAACUAUUGCAAUCUCG